GGCUGGUGCUCGGAUGUCAGGGACCGCGAGUGUAUGGGGUCUGGGCUGGCGCUGUGCUCUUAGGGAGGGACCCUAAGCUUUCCGGGGCGAGAGAGAUGCAGAAAGAGAAAAGUUAAGCUCUUGGAGCCGAAAUGGCUUUGAGCACCUGCAAGCUCUUCUUCCCAGUCUAGCUGCAUUUUAUCUUGAACCCAAGGGGAAGAAAACUUGAACCCAAGGGGAAGACAAUUCAGUCCAGCUACUUACAAACAAAAUUGAAUGUCAGCCUAACCUUUGGGAAAGGAGGCGGGAGGAAACAGGCUGCACUUGAAGUAUUCCAAAUACUUUAAGUAUCAUUGUGCUUUGAUAGACGCUAAAUGGGGUUCAGUUGGCAGUGCCAGGGAGACAGGAUUCAGCAGCCCAGAUUUUAUGAGGAAUCUCUUCUUCCCCCUUGAUCCUUACUGCUGUUGUAGACGCCGGCCUGAUGCUUUUUCCUCGAUUUACGCCAUCACAAGUCCUGGAGCACCGCAUCGGACUGGUGCGCGGAGGGCCGCAGCUUCAGUUACAGGCGGGUAACGGGGAACCCUGCACGGAGGGGCUGGAACAACCGGAGAUGGAAGUUUUCUGCGAUGUACCACUGGUGUACAAAGGUUUAAACCACUCUGACUCUUCCACACAGGAAACUAUAGAGAACGCAAGGUUCCAAGACAGUUGCCGCAGUUCCCCGCAAGAAGACGGAGGAAGCCCAAAGGAGAAACAGGGCAUACUCGCUCCGCGAGUCAGCUUCCUUUUAAAGAGCUUUCCAGGCAGCCCAACAAUGUUUGCCUACAUCUCACUGGAGACUGUGUCAUUGGCUACUGUUAUCUCUAAGGUUGCCUGAGAAAUGUAGUUUUUGCAGCUGGACAUAUAAUUGCCUUCAACAAAAAUCUGAGUUCUCUGGAUUAGGAAGAAGAUAAUGGUGGAUCAUGGGUGAACGACUGGCAGUCUGUCCUCUGGAUACAAAAUACAGGAAAGGAGCAUAACAUUUGAAACAGAUCAAAACUGUAGUUUCUUGACAACCGGCAACACUCCAAGCAACACUGCUCUGCUCUGAGAGGAUGAGCAGGAGUGAAGACAUGCUGGGUUUUCUUAAGAAAUUCUUGGCAGGACUGACCUUAUUUCUGAGCCAUAUACUUGCCCCCAUCAAGAUUUUCUAGAGCAGGACCCUGGGAAGCUGCACGCUUUCUUGGAAAACAUAAUCUCUUCGUGGAGGUUUGAAAUGAGAUAAGGAAGGCUAUAUCUUGCUGCUUCCCCAUCUGCUUCAUGUAUCUUUUCUCUAAUUUUCCUGCCAAAUUUUUUGGUGGAGUCUAGUUGUGUAUUUGAUCCCCAUAAAAUGUUUAUCCCUUUCAUGCACAGGAGAGGGUAAUCUCUGUGUGGAAAGGCUACUUUACUCCCCUCUGUGACUCCACACCCCAUCUAGGAAUAUCCUGGGACAAUUGCUUCUCAGAGCUGCUUCCAUAAGCAGCCUACAUCCUGGUUAAGCAAAAGCAGAAGAAACACUUCCCACAUCCAGGGCUGUCCAAAAGAACUUCCUGUGAUGACAGAAAUGUUCUAUAUCUGCAGUGUCUAAUGUGGUACCCAGUAGCCACACGUGGCUAGUGAACACUUGAAAUGUGGCUAGUGUGACUGAGGAAGUAAAAUUUAAUUUUCUUUAAUUUUAAAUAAUUUUAAAAAAUUGAAAUAAAUUAAAUAGCCACAUGUGGCUCGUGGCUAUUGUGUUGUAGAGCAUAGCACACCCCUUUCCCUUUCUCGUGUUUUAGAACUUGCUGGGAGGGAUGUGAGCAAGUCAUAUGCUGGCUUCCAUGGUCUUCACGGUCCCAUCUUGCCAUUGAACUUGUCUCUCAGAGGAGAAAGAAAAAUGAUAUUUUGGAACUAAAUUCAAGAUGUUAACUUGACAUUUCUACAUUGCACAUACUCCUGUAUAAAUGGAACGGUCUCCUGGGAACAGGUCCUGUGACUGAUGCUGGUGAUAACUGAUGGGAAGGUGGUGGUGCCGGUCCACUUAACAUUCCUAGUGAACAUUCUGUGCUCCUAGUCAGAGUGAGUUGGUGGAGAUUAUUUUAUUCUGUUGUGCAAUUCAUUCUGUGUUACUUUAUUUUUGUAAUACUGUGGCUGCUAAAUGAUUAUUCUGUAUCUGUUUUUCAAAAUAUUCAGUGGUUUAUAUUUUUUAAAA